GUUUCUUUUACCCAAUCACUAGUGCAGUAAUAAAAACAGCAAAUAUACAUCCUUCUUCCCCCGUAAAUCCUUCUCGAUCCCUCCAACUCCCCGGGUGCAUAAAUAUAUCUGCGUAUACGGUGGAAUUCAUUCAUCAAGAAGGGUUAUCAUGAUCUAAUCCGGAAUCAGUAAGGGAUCGAUUCCUUUUCCUUCUCUCAAAAUUUCAUGGGAUCAGAAGUGAUAAGUGAAAACUACUCAUAGACGAAGAGUGAUUGUCGAUGGCAAGCACCGCGUGUUUCAUGAUUGUCAGCAGAAACGAUAUUCCAAUUUAUGAAGCUGAAGUCGGCAGUGUCCCUAAAAAAGAGGAUGCCGCGCAUCAGCACCAGUUUAUUUUACAUGCUGCUUUGGAUAUUGUCCAAGAUCUCGCGUGGACUACUAGUGCUAUGUUUUUGAAAGCAAUUGACAGAUUCAAUGAUUUGGUAGUUUCUGUAUAUGUGACUGCAGGUCAUACACGGUUGAUGCUGCUUCAUGAUUCUCGUAAUGAUGAUGGAAUCAAGAGCUUCUUCCAAGAGGUCCAUGAGCUAUAUAUAAAGACUCUUCUUAAUCCCCUUUAUCUACCUGGAAGUCGUAUUACAUCAUCUCAUUUUGACACAAAAGUUCGAGCUCUUGCCAGAAAAUAUUUGUGAAGCAAUCAUUUGAUUUGAUGGUGUCUGGAGCUUGCUGUUAUUUUUCUGCCAGCUGUGCUAUGUUAUCAUGUUAAUUGGCUGCCAGUGUUGCUAUGUUAUCAGGACAUUUUGUUUCAGUCAAAGUACACUUUUCAUGCAUGUCAAGAGGGGUUUAUCUAUUUUUUGAUAUAUUUUAUUGACUAAUUGUAGCUUAGAUCUUUUAUAGCUUCAUUUAGUUAUGGUUCUUCUUUUUAACCUGUUUAAUCUCAGUUCAUGAAUAUUUGUUCAAAAGCUUUAGUGCAGUUCACUUUUUCUUUCA